AUUUAUUUUCAAGUAAAGUCACUUAUUUGGUUUAAGACUAACAUCUUCAAUUACGGAUGGAAUUGGAAGAUCUGACCUCAUGCUUUCGCAGUGCCAUGGGACUGUACUUGGCAUGACUGAACCACAGUUAAAAAAAUGAAAUUGGCUUGUUAUAUGCUCCUAUUCAAGAAAAAUGGGUUUUUUAUUAUAAGAGGCUUACUCGUAUUAUAAUUCCUCGGUCAAGUCUCUUCCUUUGCUAUCUAGUCUAGUUAAAAUUCAGCACAUAAAUGGAAGUUCUACAGCAACCAAUUGGAAAUACAGCAGGUGAAGAAGGAACAGAGACGGGAAACAGAUUAACAUAUUGUGUAACAGGAGGCUCAGGCUUCAUAGGAUCGUGGCUCCUCAAAUCUCUCCUCCAGAAGGGCUAUAAUGUCAAUGCCACUGUCCGCCAUCCAGAAAAGGCGCUGCAUCUGUUAAAAUUGUCUGAUCGGCUGAAACUGUUUAAAGCUGAUCUUAACGAAGAGGGGAGUUUCGACGAGGCAGUUAGAGGCUGUGAUGGAGUAUACCAUGUAGCUGCAUCAAUGGAAUUUGGUUUACAAGAAAAACAUAAUAAUGAUAAUUAUGUUCAAGAACAUGUGAUAGACCCCGCAAUCAGAGGGACAAUAAACGUUCUUAAAUCUUGUUUGAAAGCAUACUCGGUGAAAAGAGUUGUUUUCACAUCAUCAAUCAGUACAAUGACAGGCCAGGAUAGUUCUGGAAAUUUGAGACCUGUGGUAGAUGAAACUUGCAACAUCCCAACAGAACAUGUAUGGAAGACUAAGCCAAGUGGAUGGGUGUAUUCUAUUGCAAAGGUAUCCACAGAAGAGGCUGCAUUCAGAUUUGCCAAUGAAAAUGGUAUAGAUUUGGUGUCAGUAAUUUCUCCAACAGUGGCUGGUCCAUUCUCCACUUCUACAGUUCCAUCAAGCAUUCGGUUUCUCUUAUCACCAAUAACAGGGGACGCAGGGCUGUUACCAAUACUAGCAUCAGUAAACUCAAGAAUGGGAUCGAUUGCAGUAGUUCAUGUGGAAGACAUAUGCUCUGCCCACAUAUUCCUCAUGGAAAAUGAUAAAGCUAAAGGACGAUAUUUCUGCUGUGCUCGCAAUAUUUCAAUUUCUGAACUGAUUGCUCGACUAACUGAAGAAUACCCAAUUCCUAAUGCACCAAGCCUGAUAAUGCAAGAUGAUAAUCUGCAGCCCCCCACUAUUUCGUCAAAAAAAUUAAUGGACCUGGGAUAUUCUUUCAAACAUGGUGUCCAAGGUAUCAUACAGGAUACUAUCCAGAGCUGUAUAGAACAUGGGUUUUUACCUUGUAAACAAUAGUAAGCAUCUCCAUUAUGCACCAUUAAACAAGCCCACCAUCUGUAAAAAGUACAAAGCAUAGAUGACUAUAUUGUAUACAUGAUAAAUGGGGGUGGGGGUGAAAAUGUGCACGCGGAAUUACUUGAUAGCUUGUUGCAGCUUAGGUCAGCAACCUUGUAAUUCAUCAUGGAUUUCUGAUGCCGUUUGAUUAUUAUUCGGAUUAUGUUCUUUCCCAUUUAGUAGAAGUUCUUGGUUACCACUGUAAGUACUACAUUGGUCUGUAAUAACACUGUAUUAUCUCAAUAAUGGUAAUCUUCAAAGUGUAAUGCAUAUUCUAAUUUUAAUAAUUUAGUUGAAAUUUGAACACA